GUACGAAACAAUUUAGUUCAAACUUUUGUUAAAAAAUGCCUUUCGAAUGUCCUCAAGAUGUUGCCAAUGAUUAUGAGAGUUUACUUACUAAUACUAAUAUAGUAGAUUAUGAUGUUAUUAUUUAUGCUGGUAAUAACAAUAGAGAAAUUUAUGCACACUCAUUUGUAUUACGUACAAGGUCUCAAUAUUUUCGUACAGAAUUCUCUAAUGGAUCGUUUAAUAGGGAGAAUGGAAAUUUUAUUUUUAAUUUACCUAAUAUUACCCCUCAAUUAUUUAAUAUGAUUUUAAGAUUUAUUUAUUGCGGAAAGAUUGAUUUGGAUCAAUUACUAGCUGGAUCUGAUAUUUUAAAUCUUUUGAUAGCAGUAAAUGAGAUUAAUAUUCAAAGAUUAAUCGACUAUAUUCAGGAAUAUUUGAUUAAAAAUAAAGAUGAUUAUGUACAACAAAAUUCUAUUGAAAUUCUUGAAAAGAUUCAUCAAAAUAAUGCUUUUAUAGUUUUACAGAAUAUUUGCAUCAAGAAAAUUUGUGAAGAUCCUCAAAGAUUACUUAAUUCAAGUAAUUUUAACAGUUUAAGUACAUCUUUAUUGGCGUUACUAUUUAACAGGGACGAUUUACCGCUAGACGAAAUUGUUAUCUGGGAUAAUUUGAUUAGAUGGUGUCGGGCUCAACAUUCUAGCAUUCCACAAGAUCCUACACAAUGGAAUAAUGACAAUAUCACAAAUAUGGAGAGAACUAUUCAUAGAUUUAUUCCAUUGAUAAGGUUUUGUCAUAUUUCUCCGGAAAAUUUUGCUACCAGAGUAUUUCCAUUUAGAGAAAUAUUACCAAAUAAUUUAGUUAAUAAUAUGAUUCAAUUUAACAUGACUAAAAAUCAGCAAUUCAAUAAUGAUAGGCGACCUCCUAGAUGUUACAUUGAUUCUGUUAUAAUUGACCGAAAUCACAUUGCAGUUUUUGCAAAUUGGAUUUAUAGGAAAGAUAAUUCUAUAUACCAAAAAAGUUUAUUGCAGAUGACUAUGAAGUUUUUCAAGUCAUCAAAAAAUAACUAUUUAACAUUCAAUGCAUGUAGUAAAAAAAAAAAAUAUUAA